AACACUGCACAUUUGUAAUUUCUAAUAACCACUACAUACAUACAGUAGCCAUGUCCUCCACUGAACAGCCCCAGCCGCAGCCGCUGAGCCGCUACGAGUCUCAGAAGCGGCGAGACUGGAACACGUUCGGCCAAUACCUGAAGAACCAGUCACCUCCUGUCUCACUCUCCCACUGCAACUACAACCACGUUCUCGACUUCCUCCGCUACCUCGACCAGUUCGGCAAAACCAAAGUUCACCUACACGCUUGCAUCUUCUUCGGCCACCCCUCUCCUCCCGCUCCUUGCGCCUGCCCCCUCCGCCAGGCUUGGGGCAGCCUCGACGCUCUCAUCGGACGCCUCCGCGCCGCCUACGAGGAGCACGGCGGAUCCCCCGACACCAACCCCUUCGGAGGCGGAGCCAUCCGCCUCUACCUGCGUGAGGUCAAGGACUGCCAAUCCAAGGCCAGAGGGAUCCCUUACAACAAGAAGAAGAAAAAGCAGCACCACCAACUUCGCCUUAAGGCCACCGCUCCUACUAUUGCAAAACUACCUUUCAAGGAUUUCACUUCUUGAAUCUUCUCAAUACCAUCUUCCAUGGGCUACAAGGACAAAUUGUUGGAUAGGACUUGACAAUUUGAUAAGAGCAUCAUCACCAUAUAUGCCACUUUGUAGUUUGGAAUAUAAGAGUAAUAAUCUUGUUUUACCAGUUUAAUCCCAGUAAAUUAAUUAAAACUUGCAUGCAUGUUGGCUAGAUCAUAUAUAUGAUGUACAAUCUUGCAUUGCAAAUUUGCAAUGCAAUUUAUUAUGUAUAAUUCUCCCAAAAAAACAUAAAUAAUGGUUGCCUAGCUAUAUACCUAGUGGGCUUUACUGUUCUAUGUAUAAUGUAUGUGCCCUUAUGUAGUUAUGUAUAUUUUAGUGAUAGUUCCUAGUUUAAUUUCC